GCCCCUGCGGGAGGCGGCAGGCUGGAGCUCAGUCCAGCAGCAGAAUCCAGGAGCCCAGAGGUGGCCAGGUGCUGACGUGAUGGCCACAGCAGGAAACCCCUGGGGCUGGUUCCUGGGGUACCUCAUCCUUGGUGUCACAGGAUCACGCGUCUCGGGUACCGGCAGCCAAAUCAUAAACGGCGAGGACUGCAGCCCGCACUCGCAGCCCUGGCAGGCAGCACUGGUCAUGGAAAACGAAUUGUUCUGCUCGGGUGUCCUGGUGCAUCCGCAGUGGGUGCUGUCAGCCGCACACUGUUUCCAGAACUCCUACACCAUCGGGCUGGGCCUGCACAGUCUUGAUGCCGAUCAAGAGCCAGGCAGCCGGAUGGUGGCGGCCAGCCUCUCCGUACAGCACCCAGAGUACAACAGACCCUUGCUGGCCAACGACCUCAUGCUCAUCAGACUGGAUGAGGCCGUGUCUGAGUCUGACACCAUCCGGAACAUCAGCAUUGCCUCCCAGUGCCCUACCAUGGGGGACUCUUGCCUCGUUUCUGGCUGGGGUCUGCUGGCGAACGGCGGAAUGCCCACCGUGCUGCAGUGCGUGAACGUGUCGGUGGUGUCGGAGGAGGUCUGCAGUGAGCUCUAUGACCCAGUGUACCACCCCAGCAUGUUCUGCGCCGGUGGAGGGCAGGACCAGAAGGACUCCUGCAACGGUGACUCUGGGGGACCCCUGAUCUGCAAAGGGUCCUUGCAGGGCCUUGUGUCUUUUGGACAAGCCCAGUGUGGCCAAGUUGGCAUGCCGGGCGUCUACACCAACCUCUGCAAAUUCACUGAGUGGAUACAGAAAACCAUCGAGGCCAGUUAACUAUAGGGACUGGGGCCCAUGAAAUUGACCCCCAAAUACAUCCUGCAGAAGGAAUUCAGGAAUCUGGGUUCCCAGCCCCUCCUCCGUCAGACACAGGAGUCCAGGCCCCCAGCCCCUCCUCCCUCAGACCCAGGAUUCCAGGCCCCAAGUCCCUCCUCCCUCAGACCUAGCAGUCCAAUGCCACCUAGACUCUUCCUGUACACAGUGCCACCUGUGGCACGACACUGACCCAACCUUACCAGUACUAAAGUUGCAUUUUCACAUAUUUUGUCCCUUUCCCCUAGAUCCAGAAAUAAAGUCUAAGAGA